AUGCUUGAUGUUUCGGACAACCGUCGUGCCAAGCGUAGAGUGUGUGUGGGUACACGAGCUAGUCAGCAUGAGUGGAGGUGGCUCGAUGAUGCCGUUGAUGAUCUUGUGGUGAAGGGUAGAGGUCGUAGAGGAGCCAGGGGUGGUCGUCGAGGUGGACUGGGUGGCGAUAGUCGGAGAGGCAGAUCCCGUCCUGUAUGGAGGGUUGAAGAGGAUUAUGGUAGUGGAGGUGGAGGUCCAGAUGACAGUGACGAUGAUGGUGGCGACGAUGAGCCUGACGGAGGAUGUGGUUGUGGCCACGACAUCAGAGUUGAUUCUGGUAGGGGUGGACAUGAUGGUGGAGGUGGAGGUGGAGAAGGAGGUGGAUGUGGAUGUGGAGUUGGCCCGAGUGGAGUUGGAUAUGUUGGUGGAGGUGGAGGAGGUGUUGGUGGUCGUUAG